AUGCCGCUCAUAAUCCUAACCGGCUACCCCUGCUCGGGGCUCACCCACCGCGCGCACCAACUCGCCGCGGGCCUCGAAGAAGCCCAAUCCACCCUUUUCGAAACAGGCGCAAUCCCUUCGACAAAACCGCGGUACAAAAUCAACAUCGUUUCCACGCACGAUAAUGUUAACUACCCGCGGACAGUGUACGAUACGGCACGUACGGAGAAGGAGGCGCGUGGGUUGGCGUAUACACGUGCGAAGCGGGCGCUCGGCCGCGACAGCUUUGUCAUUCUCGAUGGGAUGAAUUAUAUCAAGGGGUAUCGGUAUCAGCUUUGGUGUGAGGCGAAGGCGCUGGGUACGACGUGUUGUGUUGUUCAUGUCGGGACGCCGAUUGACCAGUGUGUUGCGAAUAACGAGGCGAGGAGACGGAGAAAGGAAUCGCAGUCGCAAUCGGACUCGCAGACAAACGAGAGCAAGGACCCUUCUCUUUCUAACGAACCCACGACCGAACAAUCCCCGAACCCACCCACCACCGAUGAAACCGAAAGCGACCCCUAUCCUCCCGACCUCCUCAACAACCUCAUCUUCCGCUACGAAGAACCCUCCAUGCACAGCCGCUGGGACAAACCCCUCUUCACAGUCCCCUACUCCGACGCGGCCCCACCAAUCGCCGACAUCUGGACGGCCCUAACGGGCCUCCCGCACCCGUCCACCCUCACUCAAACCCCCGACGAAGAACCAAGCGCAGUCUCCCAACUCACCACAGCUCUCAAUUCAACAACCCUCUCCUCCGCCGCAAGUACAGCAACGGGCGCAACAAUGACGCAGGGUGGUACCCGCUCCGCCCUCUCACGUCCCCGCGUCGCGAUCAAACCCCACCAGGCCACCGUCCUCCCAACCUCAACCGACUCCUCGGCACUAUACAGCAUGGAGAAGCGCACCAGCGCAAUCAUCCAAGCAAUUCGCUCCUACACCCUCUCGAACUCCUCCGCAAAAGCCGCCCUCGCCUCCCAACCUCCCCCCGAACCCCAUACCUCCAAUGACGACGACGACGACACAUUCACCCGCCAAGAACCCGGAAUCCGCAUCCAAGUCCCAGACUCCAGCAUCCCCAUCUUCGUCCCCGAACAUAUUGCCUCCGCGUCAGUAACAGACGACCUCGCUGCCGCAGGUGGGAUCCUUGCGCUUCCACGGUUGCAGCGGCUCCGGCGGCAGUGGAUUACCUUGAACCGGGUGUAUAUCGCGGGGCCGCAUGCGGCUGUUAAGGGUGGUGCGUUGAAGGAGGCCGAUGUGCCUGAUGCCUUUGUGAGGUUCCUCAAUGCGGAUUUUGCGGAUGAGGUUGAAGAGCGGUGA